CAAGGAAACCAUGGUCAACGAAACCUCCUUUUAUAAACACCGUUUCCACACUCUUUCCUUCUCUUUUAUCCAAGUCUUGGAGCUAAAAUUUCAGUUGUUUUUUUCCAUCUUUUGCAAUUCUGGGUCCAUGAGUUUUUUGAGACCAUGUGCUUCGUACAGGACUCUCAUAACUUUCCCUUCACUAAGAUGGAUGCCUUGCCAGAGCUGGGGUUUCCUUAGAUGGCCAGGUCUUGAUGGGUUGUUGAGGUUCGUGGUGGUGGCUCUUUUGUGGACCACGUUUUCUGAGAUUCGUUUCAUUCCUUCUUCUUCUAUGUUCCCUACUCUUCGUGUUGGUGAUCGAAUCAUUGUUGAAAAGGCCUCAUACUUCUUUAGAAAUCCUGCUAUAAAUGAUAUUGUAACAUUCCGAGCUCCGGAACAGGAAUCUGAAUUUGGGAAGGAUGCAGUUUUCAUUAAGAGAAUUGUUGCAAAAGCUGGAGACUUGGUUCAGGUUCAUCACGGCUCACUCUAUGUCAAUGGAGUUGCACAAAAUGAAAAUUUCAUAGCUGAACAGCCAUCAUACACAUCAGAUUUAACAUAUGUGCCUAAAGGUCAUGUUUAUGUGUUGGGGGACAACCGAAAUAACAGCUAUGACUCCCAUAAUUGGGGCCCUCUUUCCGUGGAAAACAUUGUUGGAAGAUAUGUGAUGUGCUGUUAUAGGCCUUGCAACCAUUGACCUCCUGCUGAUUCGGGAUGAACUAGAUAUGCCAAACUUUCUCAAGCUUUGGCAAAUCUCAUUAAAAAGUAAUUUAGCUGAAAUGUAGAUGGAUGGAGUUGUAAUGCUGUUGUGCUGUAAUUUGACUCACCAAUUUGGCAUAGAUUUGCAUUCGAGAUUAGAUGCUAUUGAUGUAGCUUGUUUAUAUCCUUGUAAAUUGAAUCCUGGACCGUUGUUUUGUGAUUGUGGAUGGUUAAGAUAGACAAAUAUUGUGUUUGUUUUGAACUUCCUGUUGGAUGGAUGAAGCUAUGGACUCUUGAGUCUUACCUUUCAAGCCAAGUUAGGAGGACUGGCAAAAAGAGGUUCCUGGUUACUGUUUUAAAUCCAUCCUACCCAACAUCAGAGGGGGAAAGGGUGAUAUUCCCAUUUUUUGUCUUCCAACUUUAGCUGACUUAGUAUACCAUGCCAGCUAUAAAUCUUGCUUCAAACUUUCUUUCCGGAGCUAUAAUUCUCAAUGCAGUCAUCAAACAGUUCAUAUACACAUAAAAUCCAUAGUUCAUGAGCGAAUUUCAGAGUGAAUGAUCUUGAUAUAUAAAUGAUGGAUACAUUGAAGAUUAUUGAUCACAUAAGGUUAUUUUUUUUAAAAGAUUUUUUAGAGCAAAAUUCUUUCCUUUUACCAGCCA